AGAGGGAAACGUAGCUCCCUUUCCUGCGCUCCUCCUCAGACAAUAAAAACAAGGCGAAGCCCACACAGUCGGCAGCAUCUCGGCUCCAUUCAAAGACGUCUGAAGGGGGGAAAAAAAUCAGAAAUAUGGACACACGGCCGCCGGUCUGGGUCUAGAGAUGUAGCUGCAAGGAUGCCAGCCAACUGCAUCUCCCGUUUGCUCCUCUUCGUGUCGGUGUGCGCGGUUUGGGAGGCGCUGGCCAAAUCUCUUCCAGAUCAGGGAGCACUGGAGGUGCAAAUAAGAGUCCAGGUGUUUGACAACAGCGACCUGUCCCCGUUGGCAGACGCUCAGGUGGAAGUACACGGUAACCAGACCCUGUUGGCGUCCAGCCGUGCUGGCAAAGAUGGCGUGGUGAGAGUCAACUUCCUGUACCGCGCAGGAACAUGGGUCAUUAUUACAGCCUCCAAACAAGACUACGUCACCAACUCUGUGCCCUGGCACUCCAGCCGCAUCCCGCUGUAUGCAGCAGUCAGCCUGUACCUGCUCGUUCAGAGGCCGGGAACUCUUAUUCUGUAUGAUGAUGUCCUGCAGGUGCUCUCCGGGUCUCCAGGGGCUCGUAACCAGCCGCUGGUGCAGCUCCAGAGGAAGUCCAUUCAGCUGCCGUCCAGCUCCAACUACACAGCACUCACUGCUGUGCUGACCACAGCCAGGAGCCAGUAUGAAAUCGGGGGAUUCCCCUUCCUGCUGGGCCAAGAGACCAACAGCUCAGGUGCAGAAACUGGGUGGAUGGACUUGACGGCACUGGCAGUGGUCAGCAUUCAGCUUUUUGAUAAAGACGGCAGCGUGAUCCGUGUUUCAGAUCCGAUCCACAUCUCUGUGCCGCUGCCGUCAGACACCCGAAACAGGAUGGCCACGAGUGUGCCCGCUUGGCUGUAUCAGCCAAAGACGGGGCUGUGGGUUCGGAACGGGACGGGCUACAUCAAAAAAGACGGGACACAGUUUGUCUGGAACGUCGUGGUUCCUCAGAUGGGAUACUGGUUGGCUGCCUUUCCGACAUCUUCAGGUUUAGGUUUGUCUCAUCCAGGCUUGAGGGAUAUCACCACCUACCACACUCUGUUCCUGCUGUCCAUCCUGGGAUCACUGGCCUUGCUGGUGCUCAUCCUGCUCUGCGUGCUGCUCUACUACUGCAGACGGAAGUGUCUGAAACCACGUCGACAGCAAGGCAAACCUCACACGUCCAAUCUAAACGGCGCUAAGAGAGACCAGGGCACAUCCACGUCACGGCUAAAUCUGAUCUGUGGAGGCCAUGUUGAAUCAGGCCCCUCCAAUGACAAAUCUGACUUGUCGCCAUCGCGAGACUACCAGAGUUCAAGGGAGGAUUUAACUAAGCAUGUUCCAGCCCACAUGCUGCGACACGCAAAGGGUAAAAAUGCGUCAGGUUCCCAACGGGGUGAAAGCUUCCCCAUGAAGGUUACACGUGCCACAGAGACCAACAACUUGGACAGCCCUUUGUUGCAUGACGACUACAACCGGAACUACAGCCCCAAAGAUAACAAGGAGUCCGACUAUCACAGACACCACAACGCCAACGACAAUCGAGGGUACUCCUCCGAUCCCCCGUCCCCACCUCGCUUCCAAGGUUACGUCCCAAGCCAGUCCGACAAGCCUCCGGAUUAUUCCGCAGCAGCAGCAGACAGCCUUGCCCGACCUACUUCCCUCAACACCCAACCAGGUCAGAUCAUCUUCUGCAGCUCCAUUGACCAGAUGAAGGAGAACAUGUACCGCAGCAUGGUGCCAACCCUGGUUAUCCCCGCCCACUACAUGCGGCUGCCAUCUGAGUUUUCUGGCAAAGAUGGCAAGGACCAGAAGGAUCAAGACAAAGAUGGCACACAGAUGGGAGGAGGCCAGCAGCACCAUCACCACCACUCCCAGAAGCAAGGCCAGCAGCAGCAACAGCAGCAGCAAGGAGGAUCUCAAGGCGACGACUCUGAGGAACCGAGCUGGGCAUCUGACUCGUCCGGGGGGCCUGUGACCAUCCCAGUGCUAUUCAACGAUUCCACCAUGGCUCAAAUGAACGGGGAACUGCAGGCUCUGACGGAGAAGAAGCUCCUGGAACUUGGAGUUAAACAACACCCCAGGGCGUGGUUCAUCUCUCUCGAUGGUCGAGCUAACGCUCACGUGCGCCACUCCUACAUAGAUGUUGGGAAUGACCUCAGUGGCGGUGGUGGAUUCGGAGGUGGCUCCAGCAGCACUCCGCGGGAUGUCAACCUGGAACCGCCUCUGGAGGCCCAAGAGCGAAAAUCAGCUGGAAAUAGAAAGGGAAAAGAUGAGCGCUGGGGAACGGGAGGACGGAAGGGCCACGGUGUUAGCAGCGGCGGGAAGAGUUACUCCAAGCUGGCCUACCCUGACCACAGCGAACCCAGCAGCAGUGAGGGACGUCCCGUCUCUCCCGAGGAGAACUCCCUAACCCCUCUUUUGGAUGAAGGCCCGUCCUCCCGAGGAUCCACCAUCCCUAGAAGAGGACGCAGCCGUGUGAACAGCAGCCGCAGCAGCAACAGCGAGAACCGCCGCGACUCCAUGACCAGUCCAGAGGAUGAUUCCGAGGACAAAGAUGAGAACAAGAAGAGCCCCUGGCAGAAGAUCGAAGACAGGCCUCUGAUGGUCUUCCACCCCAGGAAGUGAGCUUUUUGAAUGAACACUGGAACUAUAACAGCCUUGUGAGAGGGGAGUCUUUGACAUCACCGAGAGGGAGGUCACAAUAAGCACAGCCACUGCUUCACCAAUCCAUAUCCAGGUUGUUGUUUGACCUUUGUGUUUGCCAGUUACUCUCGUAGCCUCACUGUCAGUUAAUCCCUCUGGUUUCCACUGAGUUGUAGAUUGAAAUCUGUCCAGUUUAUUGUGAACCCCGUCUCCUAUCACCUGUCACUGAACCAUGGUCUGAGCCAUUGCACAUACUGACUGUGGAAAUAGCCAUUUUAUAGAGCAAAAUAUAAGAAUAGAGCACUUGCUAAUAAUUUGAUAACUUAUUGAUUGAUACUUACAGAGUAUUUGGAAGUGGAUGGCAUUUUUUAUGGAACUGAUGGGAAUUUUUGGCAAAUUAGGUUUUUUCCCUGGACUAAUUCUACCCAAAUGCUCACAAGAUGUGAGCUUCUUUUUUCUUCUCUACUCCGAAACAGCUUCCCUGUCUGAAGAAGUUGUGUAAGUUUGUCCUUGAGCCCUUGUGAACAGAUUACAGAAAUAUUAUAAAGUCCAGCGUGCGACUUGCAUUUUGCUCCUUCAGGGAUGUUCUUGAUUUCCUCUUCCUCCUGUACUGUGUUCAUGUGUUGUAAUUACUUACUCAAAUAGUAAUGAUUUGAACUGUUCAGUGUCAUCUCCAUCUUCUCUGUAAUAUUACAGUGAUCUACUGUACAAUUUUGCCAAAAGUACGCAUUUCUGCCUUUCUUCUCUUGGUGAGAGUUUUGGCCAGCAGAGACUUUGUUGCAUUUGGGUCAUUCCAGUAAAAAUCAAUCAGUGCCUCCCACCUGACCCCGUUUGAAUCAGCAGAUUUUUUUCUACAACAACUUUAGCAUCUGUAAUAAAGAAAUGUAAGGUUUCACCUUAAUACUGUGGAUAUUUUCAGAGUUAUAAGCCCUCAAAAUACCUAGGAGUGGUUUAAAAUUCAGCUCUUUUUAAUUCACAUUAAAGCUCUGUUAAAAACUUUAUUUCACACCCACUCUGUCACAACCCAAAGGGUCUCAGGACGAGUGGAUGCUCUGAGUACAAGCCAACAUAUGAGAACACUUGAGCUAAACAAAAGUAAUGGCCAAAGAAAAUCUGGAGACCCUCGAGGAUUUUGAAAAACUUCUUUAGAACCUAAAAUUGUUGGAUAAAUGUGAUUUAUCCAAAUGAUUAAACACAGUAUGUGAGCACCAAUGUCAUUUCUUGUUUCUACAACUGUGCGCUACAAUCAUGUGUGUUGAAAGAUCACUGUAUAGGAAUCACAGCUGUGAGAUGAGCCUGAUAUAAAGAUGUAGAUCAAAACGGGAACCUUUCAUAUGCUAUAGCUUACUAUCCCACCCACUGGGUGAUAUAAUCCUUUAAAGUUUACUCAAUUUUUUGGGAGUUUUCUCUGGUGAAUUAUUAGAGUUGUUUCUGUAAAAUCUGUGUUCAUCAAAAGCAACAUUAUGGAUUUUAGAUUGUGACGCUUGGAGAUGGUGUAACAUUGAUUUGGUCACAGUUUCUAACUUUGUAAAUGUAUUUUUUCACAUUUAUGAUGUUAAAAACUCAAGUAAAACCCUGUGUACUUUGAGGGCCUAUAACUUGGACAGUAUUUAUAGAAUGAAGGUAAAAAUUUGCAUGGCCUCGUUAAAAAAGCCGUGGAAGCUUCCGAGGGGGUCAGGUGGGAAUUUUUUUUUUCAGAUUUGGCUGAUUUUAUAUGGCAUGACCCAUUUAUCUUGUGUAAAUAUAUGCCCAGAUAUUUGAAAGACCAUUUGGUAUAGAAAGGUUGCAUGCAUAUGAAUGUAUGAAAUAAACAGAAGGCACCAAAAGCCCUCCCCUACAAGUUCCUGCUGUGUAGACAACCCCUAAACGCCAAGAAACAAGCGUAGGUCCAAACCGCUUUUACUUGAAGACUUACUACUUCUGAAAUAUCCUACUGAGCUCAGCGGGGGUUGCCUGUAGACAGAGCCUGAACCACUUCUCUCCUGUAAGUGCCUUCUUUCACAUAGGAUCGAGUGAUAGGCAUGCCGGUCCCUUUUUAAAAUGCAGUCGGCGGUCACCUAAACUCACUGUCGAGAUCGGCAGGCACUGAUAAGCACACUGCAUUGCGGUAACAACAACACGCGUCACUCUGGGGAGCAUGCCUGCCAAAACAGACAACUUUUCUUGCGGCUAUUCCGUCCUUGGAUAUCUUAAUUUCUUGUAUCUAUCCUCUUUUUUCACCAAACCUGUAAAUGGUAUGAUCUAUAUGAGAUUUUAUGUGUAUACAAUGUGCAUGUUAAAUGUAGAAUAGGGUGUUUUUAAUGAUUUUUUUUUAACUAUUAUUAUUGAUAACAAGGAUGUUUGGCACAAAAUGAUGCAUUGGACUGUGUUGCCAAAUGAACUUCAUGAAGAUACACUGACUUUUCCCUUAAUCCAGUUCUAACGAAAUUCACUUCCGGUCGUAAAUGUUUACAAAGAUAACAUACUGACCAACACGCUCCUGCUGUUACUAGCAUCACCACUGCCUAUUCAACAACUGUGAACUCAGAGAGGCUGACGGCUGUUUUGUUGGUGGUUUUUGCAGAGUAAUGGGUUGCUUAUGAAGGGAAAACGGCUGUAUAAAAGUCAUGCCGACAUGUUGGUCCUUUGUACCAUUCGCUUGCUGUUCAUAAGCCUGUGUCAGUAGCCUACGGAACAAGCUGAAAAUGUGAUGUAACUCACAGUCUGAAGAAUAGCACAACCACGAAUCGAAUCCUGCUGAAAUGUUGCGUCCACUGCUGUAAGUGUACUUUUAUUUUUUUGAACCAGAUAUGGAAAGUAUUGAGUUGUGCAAUCGUGGCUUUUCUUGCUUUAUGUUUUGCAUAUGGAGUGUUUUCUCAGAUUUGGUGAAUGAUUUGACACCGAAUCCCUGAGAGGAAACUUCAAAUCUGGCAACCUACCGUGCUGGAUGUUUUUGAUAGUACUUAAGAGCGUCAAGAGGACUGAGCUGUAGGCCUUCAUCCUGUGCAGUAAAUCAUCGGCUUCAUUCACCUGGUCAGUUGUUUGUAAACUGUAAAUUGAUUCAACUUUCUGUACAUGAGACAAAAUAGAAAUAAAUUUGUUCCCACGGUC